CAAAGAAAGUAAAACAGAGAGAACCAAAUCCAAUGGCGCUUCUUCUUCUGAGACCUCCUCCUCCUCCUUAUCUUCGCUUCAUGGCCUUACGCUUUCUCUCACACUCUUCUCUUCACCCUCACUUCCCCUCCUCUUCUUCUUCUUUCUCGUCUUCCUCUCUUGCUCGUCCCUCCCUCUUGUUCAACCCACAACCCAGGACCCAUAUUCCACUGAAGGGCGUUCCUAGCUGCUGUGUAGUUCGAAAUGCGGUUGCUCCAAGAGCUUUUAUGUCGUCUACGCCUGCAACCGAGGCUUUUCAAGGCAGCUCUGGUUCCAACGCUUAUGGGUCUGAUCAGAUUCAGGUAUUGGAAGGCUUAGACCCUGUUAGAAAGAGGCCAGGGAUGUAUAUUGGGAGCACAGGACCUCGUGGUCUUCACCAUUUGGUCUAUGAAAUAUUAGAUAAUGCUGUGGAUGAGGCUCAAGCCGGAUUUGCUUCAAAGAUCGAGGUUGUUUUACUUGCAGAUGGUUCUGUGAGCAUCGCUGACAAUGGUCGUGGGAUUCCGACUGAUAUGCACCCAGCAACCAAGAAAUCUGCUCUGGAGACUGUGUUGACGGUUUUACAUGCUGGUGGCAAAUUUGGUGGUUCAAGUAGUGGGUAUAGUGUCUCUGGUGGAUUACAUGGUGUGGGUUUAUCUGUCGUCAAUGCCUUGUCUGAGACAUUGGAAGUCACUGUUUGGCGUGAUGGAAUGGAAUAUCAACAAAAAUAUUCUCGUGGAAAGCCUGUGACAACUCUAUCUUGUCAUGUGCUUCCAAUUGAAUCCCAAGAUCGGCAAGGAACGCGCAUCAGAUUUUGGCCUGACAAAGAAGUAUUCACAACUGCUAUUCAGUUUGACUACAACACAAUAGCUGGACUUAUUAGGGAGCUAGCUUUUCUAAACCCAAAUCUUAUGAUCACUCUUAGACAAGAGGAUACAGAUCCAGAGAAGAACCAUCACAAUGAAUACUUUUAUGCAGGGGGUUUGGUUGAAUAUGUGAGAUGGCUAAAUACUGAUAACAAACCGCUUCACGAUGUGGUUGGCUUUAGAAAAGAAGUGGAUGGAAUCACUAUUGAUGUAGCUCUCCAGUGGUGUUCUGAUGCAUAUUCAGAUACAAUGCUAGGGUAUGCUAAUAGCAUACGCACUGUUGAUGGAGGAACCCAUAUUGAUGGAACAAAGGCUUCAUUAACAAGAACUCUUAAUAGCCUUGGGAAAAAGUCCAAAAUUAUCAAGGAAAAGGAUAUCACUUUGAGUGGUGAGCAUGUAAGAGAAGGACUGACAUGCGUCAUCUCAGUCAAAGUUGCCAAUCCGGAAUUUGAAGGCCAAACAAAGACUAGGCUGGGAAAUCCAGAGGUGCGAAGAGUGGUUGAUCAAUCUCUUCAAGAGUAUCUUACAGAAUACUUGGAGUUGCAUCCAGAUGUACUGGAUUCAAUCCUUUCAAAGUCUUUAAAUGCUCUCAAGGCAGCUCUGGCUGCAAAGAGGGCAAGGGAACUAGUCAGACAAAAGAGUGUUUUGCGAUCCUCUUCUCUCCCAGGAAAACUAGCUGAUUGCUCAUCAACAAAUCCUGAAGAAUCUGAAAUCUUUAUAGUGGAAGGAGAUUCAGCUGGUGGAAGUGCAAAACAGGGUCGUGAUAGGCGCUUCCAGGCCAUUCUUCCACUGAGGGGUAAAAUUCUGAACAUUGAAAGGAAGGAUGAGGCAGCAAUGUAUAAAAAUGAAGAGAUUCAAAAUCUAAUUCUUGGUCUUGGACUUGGAGUGAAGGGAGAGGACUUUAAGAAGGAGGCUCUACGAUACCAUAAGAUUAUCAUCUUAACAGAUGCUGAUAUAGAUGGUGCUCACAUCCGUACUCUGCUUUUGACAUUUUUCUUCAGAUAUCAGAGAGCCUUGUUUGAUGAGGGCUACAUAUAUGUUGGCGUUCCACCCCUUUACAAGGUUGAGAGGGGAAAGCAAGCAAAAUAUUGCUAUGAUGAUGCUGAACUUAAAAUGCUCCAGAGUUCCUUCCCUCCAAAUGCAUCUUAUAACAUUCAGAGGUUUAAAGGCCUAGGGGAAAUGAUGCCCGCACAGUUAUGGGAAACAACAAUGAAUCCUGAGCAAAGGCUUCUGAAACGAUUAGGGGUUGAGGAUGCUGCUGAGGCCAACAUUGUCUUUUCGUCCCUUAUGGGUGCCCGGGUGGACUACCGGAAAGAACUCAUAAAGAAUUCUGCAAGCAUGGUCAACCUCGAUCAAUUAGAUAUUUAAGGGAGCCACUAAUCCAGAGAAGACGAGUUGUGAAACUGUUACCAGUUUGCAGACAAGCAGAAACUCUUAUCACAGUUAUCAAACAAAGGUUUUUUUUGUUGUAUUUUUUGAUGUACGGACUUGCCCCCUUUUAGCGGGCAGGUUGCUCCAUGGUGCGGCAGAGUUUAGGUAGGGUUUUAGAGGUUUUGUUAUUUAGUGUAGAGAAUGCUGUUUACUUUUAUAUGUGAUUUAUAUUAUUGGCAUGGCCAACUGUUCAA